GGGCGCUUACCAGAAGCCAGUGCUUUUCCAGAAGUGCCUCAGGGGCCUUUCAAACUGCGAAACAUCCACGUGCAGCACAUGGAGGGCGUGGCCGAAAUAGAACGCCGUCUUCCAUCCGGGCACCACUCAGUACGUCACACGCUGCCGCCCGGAGGGUGGGGGUGAGGAUUUCCGUUAGCGACGAGCUGGGCGUGGCUGGGUGUUUGGCCAAUCCAGGCGCGUUUCUGUGUUGUGCGGCCGGUUUGAAUCCCGGGCGCUGCCGUUAGGUUCGUUAGCCGGCCGAGAGCUGCUUCAGGCGUGCGCCGAGAGGCCAAGCCCCCGCCUGGGCCGCGAGGAUGCCGAGCACCCCGCGCAAGAGCGAGGUCCUGGCCUCCUCCCUGGUGAGCAGCGUCAACCACGCCCUGGGGAAGCUGCUGGACAUCUGGCACCAGAUCGGCAUCAAGGAGGAGAUGCAGCUGGAGCGCAUGCAGGCGGUCAAGCUGCACAUCGAGAAUCUGUUGAAUGAAAUGAUUACAGAGGAAUGCCAGUUAAAGGAAAGAAUUGAAAGCAGCAUUGAACGCCGUAAAAAGGAAUUGAUGUCACUGAGAAAUGAACUGUCUCUGGACCCCUACCUGGUUGAAGAGGGUAUAUCCAUCCUUCAGAUGGAGAAAGAUCUACGACUGGCAUUAGAUGCUACACUCAAAGAAAAAAAUGAGAGGCUGGAGGAAUUGAAGCAACUUCAGCAGCAAGAUGAAAAGCUCUGUGCUGAGCUUUUUACCACGCCUUACUAUAUUCCUACUGGCAGCAUUCCAAGUCGUUUACAGCUGGAAGAGUUAAAGGAACAUGUUCGGAUGCGUUCAGAUGAGAAGAAACGACGUCUGGAAGUUUUUCUCAAACUAAGAAACGAAAUCAGGCAGUAUAAUGAAGAGAUUGGGCACACACCUGAUUCUACUCUUGAAAAAGAGGCGCUCUCUGAUGAUGAGGAACCUUUUUGUCUUACCAAUAAGAACAUUGAAGCUCUUCAAACACUUGUUAAUAAGUUGCAGUUGAAGAAAGGAUCUGUAAUCUCAACACGGGAGGCUCUGAAGGAGAAGGUACGACUUCUGUGGAAUAGACUGCGCUGGCCAGUAGAGAAGCAGGAACAAUGUAAAAUGAGUAUUAAAGGCUCCAUUACUCAAGAAGUUACCAUGUGGGAAGAAGAGCUGCUGCGUCUGGAGGAACUGAAGAAAGAAAACUUGAAGGGAGUGAUUGGAAAAGUCAGACAGGAGCUUGACCUUUACUGGGAAAAAUGUUUGUAUAGCACAGAACAGAAAUCAGCCUUUCAUCCAUAUUAUGAUGAUAACUUUACAGAAGAUUUGUUGAACCAACAUGAUGAGGAAGUUAUGAAAAUGAAACUCCUUUAUGAGAAAAACAAGGCUUUAUAUGAUAGCAUUGCUAAAUGGGAAGCUACCUGGAAACAGUUCAUGGAGUUGGAGAAAAAAUCCACAAAUCCAAACAGAUUAGUUAACAGAGGUGGCACUCUAUUGAAAGAAGAGAGAGAACGCUCAAAGAUCCACAAGCUGUUAACAAAGUUGGGAGAAGAUCUGAAAAGGAGCAUUGAAAGCUGGGAGAAAGAACAAGGCUGCAACUUCCUGAUCAAAGGUCAAAGGUUCCUGGAUUACAUGGCAAAUCAGUGGGAACAGCACAAACUUAAAAAGGAACAAGAGAGAUUGACGAAGAAGGAAGAUUCUGCAGUUCUGAAAACACCCAUGAAAAGGCAUGCUGGCUCAACCACUCAAACUCCCCUUAAGACAAGGAAGUUACAUGGAAUCACAAAUUUAACUGUGCUGCGGGCAGCCAGCUGCAUCAGUCUGACCAGCACGGGUACUGCAGCUGUUGCCAGAACACCCAUUCUAGUUUGUAAGACACAAUCUAAAAGCACACCACCAGAGUCCCGGCAGCCAGCACGAUUACAAGAGGGCAAAGAAAACCAGCAAACCAGCAAAUCUAUCAAUCAAUUCAGCUACUUAGACUUCACGGAAUAUAUGGUAUUGGUCACCAUAUCACAAAUGGUAUUACUGCAUCCUCAACUGCAGAGUUGGACAAAAGUUCAGGUCAGAAAAAUACAAGGAAAGGAUCAAAAAAGGACACUAACUGGAUAAGCCAGCAAAAGAAAGAUCUUUCAAAGAAAACUAGCAGUACCAGUGAGAUUUUCAACUCUACAGUAAAUGAGAACAGAUAUUAAGGAUCCUGUUG